UGAAAGCCGCACCCCUCAUGUUCCAGCGUUCGUCUGCCUCUCUUCGGCAGGCUUCACGCUAUUUGGCGGUCCGAGCGCUCACACCCGCUCAUGCAUUCGCAUGUGGUGGUUGCAGAGCGGUGGAGGGCUGCAGGGACGGGACCGCAGCACUGGGACAAAAACAAAGCCUCCAUGCAGGAUAGACUGAACCAACGACUGCUGGAACUAGACGAAAACAACAUGGGGAAACCAACGCCAACCACAGAGGAUAUGCUUUUUCAUUAAACAUAGCAUUUUUUCCCUGUGCGUCACACUGCCUCAUCCGGGCUGAUAAAAGGACGUUAUAAACUGACUGAAGGAGUCAGCAAACAGAUGAGUCACCAAUGAGUGAUAGCUGAUGUAACAUCGUUUGGGCCUGAAUCUUCUUGCUGACCAUGGAGCUAAUUGGAGCAACAGAAAGGAAAAAUGUUUUUUUCCUCAUAUGUUCACCCUGCCAAUGACAAAACAAAUUACAAUCUCAGGCAGUGGAAAGGCAAUGACCUAAUUUAGAUGAAAUGACCUCAUAUUGAUAAGUAGCUGCCCUACUCACUAAGUGAUGGAACAUAAUCACAAAUGGACUCUUAUCAUCGAGGCUGGAGUGUGUGAAGUCACAUGAUAGUUCAGGGUGUGUGUGUGUAUGUUUAAUGCAGAGGAGUGAGUUUUAAUGCUACAUACAGCAAUGUUGCGGCGUGGACUCCUAGCCUGGGUCUCCCGUGUUGGAGGCGUUCUGGUGCUUCUCUGCUGCUCCCUGUCGCUCCUCUAUGUGAUGACCUGCAGCCCCCCACACUCUGAUGGCCCUCCACUGAGCCAUGCUCUCCCCCGGCCUGGACCCAACCACCCCGGCCUAGGGGGCACUGGGCCGGGGAUUGGAGCAGGCGUAGGUGGGACGGGGGAAAGUGGUGGACAGACUCAAUCUUAUCAGGUACUCCUCCAAGAGCGUGAGGAGCAGCAUCGCCUCCACAUCUCCUCCUUGAAGAAGCAGAUAGCUCAGCUCAAGGAGGCUUUGCAGGAGCGUAGCCAGCAGUUGAAAGGAGUGCAAGAGACCCUGAAGAGAGCUGCUGGGGGCCCAGCAGAGGGACAGGAAGCCGGGGCUGUGUCCCAGGGAGGCGGACUUGGGGAGGCUCAGGGACCCAAGAGUCAGCAGGCGGACCUCCAGGAGUUCCUGCGCAGCCAGCUCUCAAAGGCUGAGGUGACCGCAGGCACUAGGCUGCCCAGCGAGUAUGCGGUAGUGCCCUUUGAGAGUUUCACCCUGCAGAGAGUGUACCAGCUGGAGAUGGGGCUGACACGUCACCCUGAGGAGAAGCCUGUGAGAAAGGACAAGAGAGAGGCUUUGGGGGAGGUGCUGGAGAUGGCCCUGCACAGCCUCAACACACCAUCAUCCCAGCAAGACAGCAGAGCCGCAGCGGAAAAAACUCAAACAGGCAAAGUGUACACAGCAUCUGACUUCAUAGAAGGUAUCACUCGCACAGAGAAGGACAAAGGGACGCUGUAUGAGCUGAGCUUCAGAGGGGAGUCCAGUAAUGAAUUCAGACGUCUGGUCCUCUUCCGUCCCUUUGGACCACUGAUGAAGGUGAAAAAUGAUAGGGUGGACACAGCCAAUGUCCCGAUAAACAUCAUCGUCCCGCUGUCCAGACGCAUAGACAAGUUCAAACACUUCAUGCACAACUUCAGGGAAGUCUGUGUGCGUCAGGACGGCAGGGUCCAUCUGACGGUGGUGUAUUUUGGGAAAGAGCAGAUGAGCGAAGUCCGCAGCACUCUGGAGAACACAUCCAGGGAAGUACACUUUAAGAACUACACUCUGCUGCAGCUGGACGAGGAGUUCUCUCGGGGACGGGGUCUAGAUGUCGGGGCCCGAGCCUGGAAGGGAGGCAAUGUACUGCUUUUCUUCUGCGACGUGGACAUCUACUUCACCGCUGACUUCCUCAACACCUGCCGACUCAACACGCAGCCCGGUAAAAAGGUGUUCUACCCGGUGUUAUUCAGCCAGUACAACCCAACUCUGAUCUAUGGAAGUCCUGAACACGUCCCACCCGUGGAGCAACAGCUGGUGAUCAAGAAAGACACAGGGUUUUGGAGGGAUUUCGGUUUUGGUAUGACCUGCCAAUACAGGUCCGACUUCAUCAACAUAGGAGGUUUUGACAUCGACAUCAAAGGCUGGGGCGGGGAAGAUGUCCACCUGUACAGGAAGUACCUGCAUAGCAACCUCCUCGUGGUCCGAGCACCGUCACGAGGCUUGUUUCACCUGUGGCACGAGAAACACUGCGCUGAUGAGCUCCCUCCAGACCAGUACCGCAUGUGCAUGCAGUCUAAGGCCAUGAACGAGGCCUCGCACGGCCAGCUGGGGAUGCUGUUCUUCAGGCACGAAAUCGAAGCUCAUCUCCACAAACAGAAACGACAGCAAAACCCCAAGAAGACAUGAAUACUUAAAUGUGGUUGGAUUAUAAUCAAUCAGACCGCAAGCUCUUGAAAUAACGCCGAUAAGUUCAACUUUAAAGGAAUAGUUCAACAUUUUGGACAGUAUGCUAAUUUGUUGUCUUGCAGAGAGUUAGAGAAGAGUAUAGAUAUCCCUCUCAAAUGUGAGGUUGGUAUUCUCUGUAUUGGCUUCUCAUCUAACUCUUAGCAAGAAAGCAAAUAGGUGUGUUCCCAAAGAGGCAACCUACUCCUUUAAUAAAAAAAUCUUAAAAAGUGAACUUUUUUUUUAAAGAUAUAUAUACUUAUAGAGGAUAGGGGAGAGAGAGGGGAAUGGCAUUCAGCAAAGGGCCGAAGGAGAGAUUCUAAUGCUGUGGCAUGAAGUGAGCCUUUGUACACGAGGCGCACGCUCAAUCGGCUGUCCAUCCCGAGACUUUUUACUUUUCAAGGACUCUGAGCAAUGUGUUGCUCUGAAAAGGACAACAAAAAAUGAGGACGAAUUCAAACUGGCUUGAAGAACUCAUCGCCACAACCGGACAUGUUCGACAGACUGUCUGAAACCAUCUGUAAUUUAACAUCCUUUUUGAAUUUCCUCUGUAACUGCAGGAAGGUCUUUUAGAAGGAAAACACAGCACUUAUGUUUGAGCUACAAAGGGUUUCUGAACUUUGUGCCUUCUGCAAGUUAAACCUGAACAAUGUCUUUUCAGGAAGCCAAGGAAAAAUUUAACCCACAGGUUUUUAUUUGUAGGGAAACAGAGCCACCUGGUGGAAUGAAAGUGAACAACAUGUUGGCGCAGAAACCAUGAAGGACUCUUUUAAAGCCUGGAAUGGCGUUGUUUUUUAAAUAAAUUAUUAAUUUCUUUAUUUAUGUUUGUUAUCAAUUCUUAAAUGCCAUCAUGUAUAAGGAUUACAAUUUCUUAUCUGUUAUUGCCUGGACAGUAUUCUGUGUGGGUCCAUUCAGUUCUAUGACGAACUGUGCUGAGUAUUGUAGGUUUUUGUCAGUAAAACGCCCGUUUUUUUCAAUAAGCAUCCUAAAUAUAAGAUUUAUGUUGGCUAUUUAUGCCCAACAUAUUAAAUAAUAAAUCCAUAAAUAUAAAUACAUAUAUUUUAUAUUAUAAUAUAAUGUUUAUUUAAAAUGAAAUGUUUAAAGAUAAAACAUAGUGUUGACAAAUUUUAGUUUUUUGUCAUAUAACUGAUUUGUCGACACCUAAGGGAUAUUUGAGGAAAUAAUGGUUACUGCCCUGACGUUGACGAUGGCUUAACAAGUCAGAAUGAGACUUAUUGAUUCUAAUAUUUUUGUCAAUCAAAUAACAUUACAUUUAUUACUGAGCAGUCACAGAAACUGGAGAUGUUAGAUUUAGAGCUAUAACUGCCUCGAUUGUUCCUUUAUGUUUGUUUUAAUAUAGUCUCCAAUAUUGCUCCAGCACUUCAAUUAAAACGAGCUGUACUUUUAGUGGAUGACCAUAGAUGUGAAAAGAGGCACUUUUUGAAUCAUGUUGUUAUUGUUUGCUAUUAAAACAUUCCUUGUGAGAAUAUACAUUAAAUAUCCUUGAAAUGUACAUUUCAAGUUAUUUUUUCACUUCAUGUAAAUGAGUUGAAUAAAACCUAUUUCUGCAUUGA